CAGAGCUCGCUCCGGACACCCCCGCACCCCAUGGUAGGAGCCGGGACCCAAACAAAGGCGGGCGGCGGAUAAAAAGCGGCGGAGGCGCCGAGUGCUCGGGUUUCGCGCUGGGGACGUAGUUGGCGCCUAGCUGCCCGCGGUCUGCUCGCCCUGGAGCCGAGCGAGGGACGCCGGCCUCUUCCAGCUCCGAGGAUCUGCUCCCCCCCCGCCCCCGCGACUCCCGCCAAGGGACAAGUCUGAGCCGCCGGGUGGCCGCAGCCCCCUGUGCCCUGAGGCGUCCGCCGCUCAGCCCAGCUCAGCUCGGCCGAGGCUAUGGACUCGGAGGAUGACCCCCUGCUCCAGGACGUGUGGCUAGAAGAGGAGCAGGAGGAGGAGGGCUGUAGGGGGUCCCAGCAGCCGGGCCCGCGGCCCCACAGGGGACAGUGCUGCUGGCGGCGCUGGGCUCUGCCCUCCUGGCCCCCGGCCUCGGGGUUCUGGAGCACCCUGGGCUGGGCCUUCACCAACCCGUGCUGUGCCGGGCUGGUGCUCUUCCUGGGCUGCAGCAUCCCCGUAGCACUGUCGGCCUUCAUGUUCCUGUGCUACCCGCCCCUGGACAUCGACAUCUCCUACAACGCCUUCGAGAUCCGCAACCACGAGGCGUCGCAGCGCUUCGACGCCCUGGCCCUGGCUCUCAAGUCGCAGUUCGGUUCUUGGGGGCGCAACCGGCGCGACCUGGCUGACUUCACCUCCGAGACGCUGCAGCGCCUCAUUUCCGAGCAACUGCAGCAGCUGCACCUGGGAAACCGCUCGCGACCCGCAGCCCGAGCCCCACGCGCGGCCCCUGGGGCCCCUGUAGCCCCCACUGCCGCUCCAAGCCCGGCAGCCAAUCAGAGCAGGCGCCGACGCCGCGAGGCCCCGCCCCCCGCCGCCACCAUAGCCAAUCAGAGCCGGGCCCGCAGGGGCACCUCGCGCUGGGAUUACUCCCGCACUUACCUGAGUGCCAACACCCAGACGCAUGCGCACUGGCGCAUCGAGCUCAUCUUCCUGGCACGCGGCGAUGCGGAGCGCAACAUUUUCACCAGCGAGCGGCUAGUCACAAUCCACGAGAUCGAGCGCAAGAUCAUGGACCACCCGGGCUUCCGUGAGUUCUGCUGGAAGCCCCACGAGGUGCUCAAGGACCUGCCACUGGGUUCCUACUCCUACUGCUCCCCGCCCAGCUCGCUCAUGACCUACUUCUUCCCCACUGAGAGGGGCGGCAAGAUCUACUAUGAUGGCAUGGGCCAGGACCUGGCGGACAUCCGGGGCUCCCUAGAGCUGGCCAUGACUCACCCCGAGUUCUACUGGUAUGUGGAUGAGGGCCUCUCGGUGGACAAUAUGAAGAGUUCCCUUCUGCGCAGUGAGAUCCUGUUUGGAGCACCACUUCCCAACUACUACUCAGUAGAUGACCGCUGGGAAGAGCAGCGGGCCAAGUUUCAGAGCUUUGUGGUCACUUACGUGGCCAUGCUGGCCAAGCAGUCUACUAGCAAAGUUCAGGUCCUAUAUGGGGGGACCGACCUCUUUGACUAUGAGGUACGCAGGACCUUCAACAACGACAUGCUCCUGGCCUUCAUCAGUAGCAGCUGCAUCGCCGCCCUGGUCUACAUACUCACCUCCUGCUCAGUGUUCCUGUCCUUCUUCGGGAUUGCCAGUAUUGGUCUCAGCUGCCUGGUGGCACUCUUCCUCUACCACGUGGUCUUUGGCAUCCAGUACUUGGGCAUCCUCAACGGCGUGGCCGCCUUUGUGAUUGUAGGCAUUGGUGUGGACGACGUCUUUGUGUUCAUCAACACCUACCGCCAGGCCACCCACCUGGAAGACCCACAGCUGCGGAUGAUCCAUACCAUCCAGACCGCAGGCAAGGCCACCUUCUUCACCUCACUGACCACAGCUGCCGCCUAUGCAGCCAACAUCUUCUCCCAGAUCCCAGCUGUACAUGACUUUGGCCUGUUCAUGUCUCUCAUCGUGACCUGCUGCUGGCUGGCGGUGCUGUUCACCAUGCCUGCAGCCCUGGGCCUCUGGAGCCUCUACAUGGCACCACUGGAAAGCUCCUGCCAGAGCAGUUGCCAUCAGAAGUGUGGUCGCAAGAGCUCCUUGCACUUCCCUGGGGACCUAUUUGCAGCUCCAGAGCGGGCUGGGGGUGGCCCUGCCCAGGGCCCCCUGCCCUACCUGGACGAUGACAUCCCCUUGCUGAACGUUGAAGACGAACCAGUGUCACUGGAGCUGGGAGAUGUGUCACUGGUGUCUGUGCCCCCUGAGGGUCUGCAGCCUGCCCCUGAUGGGGGCAGCCGGGGGCAGCUUCUUGCCCAACUACAAGAGCUACUACACCACUGGGUCCUGUGGGCUGCUGUCAAGAGCCGCUGGGUAAUCGUGGGACUCUUUGCCUCCAUCCUCAUCCUGUCCCUGGUGUUUGCCAGCCGGCUCCGCCCUGCCAGCCGGGCCCCCCUGCUCUUCCGCCCCGACACCAACAUCCAGGUACUGUUGGACCUCAAAUACAACCUAAGCGCUGAGGGCAUCUCCUGCAUUACCUGCUCAGGUCUAUUCCAGGAGAAGCCUCACAGCCUGCAGAACAAUAUCAGGACGUCCCUGGAGAAGAAGAAGCGAGGCUCUGGGGCUUCCUGGGCCAGCCGGUCUGAGGCCACCCCACAGGAGUCCAUGGGCACUGUGUACAUCUCCAAAGUGAAGAGCAAAGGCCGUCCUGCUGUCUACAGGUUUUCCCUUAAUGCCAGCCUGCCGGCCCCCUGGCAGGCCGUGUCCCCGGGAGAUGGAGAGGUGCCCUCCUUCCAGGUGUAUAGAGCGCCUUUUGGUGACUUCACCAAGAAGCUGACCGCUUGUAUGUCUACAGUAGGGCUGCUCCAGGCGGCGAGCCCCUCCCGCAAGUGGAUGGUGACGGCCUUGGCCUGCGACGCCAAACGGGGCUGGAAGUUUGACUUCAGCUUUUACGUGGCCACCAAGGAGCAGCAGCACACUCGGAAGCUGUACUUUGCUCAGUCUCACAAACCCCCCUUCCACGGGCGCCUGUGCAUGGCACCACCCGGGUGCCUGCUCAGUUCCAGUCCCGAUGGACCCACCAAAGGCUUCUUCUAUGUGCCUAAUGAUAAAGUGCCCAAGGCUCGCCUCUCUGCCACUUUUGGCUUCAACCCCUGUGUGAACACGGGCUGUGGGAAGCCGGCAGUGCGGCCACUGGUGGACACAGGAGCCAUGGUCUUUGUGGUCUUCGGCAUCAUUGGCAUCAACCGUACCCAGCAAGCGGACAAUCACGUCAUAGGAGACCCGGGCAGCGUCAUCUACGACAGCAGCUUUGACCUCUUCAAAGAAAUCGGGCACCUGUGUCGCCUCUGCAAAGCCAUUGCUGGCAACUCAGAGCUGGUGAAGCCGGGCGGGGCCCAGUGCUUGCCCUCAGGCUACAGCAUCUCCUCCUUCCUGCAGAUGUUGCACCCAGAGUGCAAGGAGCUGCCUGAGCCCAACCUGCUGCCUGGGCAGCUGUCCCACGGGGCAGUGGGAGUCAAAGAGGGCCGUGUGCAGUGGAUCUCCAUGGCCUUUGAGUCGACCACGUACAAGGGCAAGUCCUCCUUCCAGACCUACUCGGACUACCUGCGCUGGGAGAGCUUCCUUCAUCAGCAGCUGCAGACCUUCCCUGAAGGCUCGGCCCUGCGCCGCGGCUUCCAGACUUGUGAACACUGGAAACAGAUCUUCAUGGAGAUCAUAGGGGUGCAGAGUGCCUUGUAUGGUCUAGUCCUCUCCCUGCUCAUCUGUGUGGCUGCAGUGGCUGUGUUUACUACCCAUGUCCUGCUCCUGCUGCCUGUGCUCCUAAGCAUCCUGGGUAUCGUCUGCCUUGUAGUGACCAUCAUGUACUGGAGUGGCUGGGAGAUGGGUGCCGUGGAGGCCAUCUCCCUGUCCAUCCUGGUUGGCUCCUCCGUGGACUACUGCGUCCAUCUGGUAGAAGGCUAUCUUCUGGCUGGGGAGAACCUGCCACCACAUCAGGCUGAGGAUGCCAGCUCUCAGCGCCAGUGGCGGACACUGGAGGCCGUGCGACAUGUGGGCGUGGCUAUCGUGUCCAGCGCCCUCACUACCGUCAUUGCCACCGUCCCACUCUUCUUCUGCAUCAUCGCCCCAUUUGCCAAGUUUGGCAAGAUCGUGGCACUCAACACAGGCGUGUCCAUCCUCUAUACACUCACGGUCAGCACUGCCCUGCUGGGCAUCAUGGCCCCCGGCUCCUUCACCAGGACCAGGACUUCCUUCCUCAAGGCCCUGGGCGCUGUGCUGCUGGCAGGGGCCCUGGGACUGGGUGCCUGUCUUGUGCUUCUGCACAGCGGCUACAAGAUCCCCCUGCCCAGUGGGGCUGCCCUAUAGCCCUGAGCUUGGGUUCUGACUCUUGCACCUUGCCUGGCAGCUGGGGAAUGGCAGAACUGAGUCCCGGAGGCUUUUUGUUUCCCAGACCUGCUCCAACUGGCUCCAUUCCCAAGCCUAGUGGAACCUGGACCCACACUGUAUGGACCACAUUGCCCUCAUCACAGCUCGAGCUGGGGGUGAAGCCAGCCACCUCCAUACCAUCUGGGCUGCAGCCCCUCCCUGGGGUCUGCCAGGCAGUGGAAGGGACUAGUCCUCCUCCCUUACACGGGCACAGCCAAGCAAGUGGCUUCCUGAGGGGAGGGUCUCCUCUUACACUGCCUCAGUGCUCACGACCUGUUGGGGUAGACAUUUCAGGGCCCCACUCUACAGACAUAGACACUGAGGCACCAGGAGGCAGGGACUGCCCUGUAGCUGGGUCAGGACAGAGCCAGGGUUGCCUCAGAACACAGGCCUGCUAGGCCUUUGCAGAAAGAGCACAUGACGAUGCAGGGCAGGGGUCCUCACACCUCUGAACCCUACUCUCUCGACUUUAUGCAUCCAGUGCUGGGUGACCCGUGGUCCUCCCCAGGCCAGUGUCCAGACCACCGAGGACAGAGGCACCUCAUUGUGCAUGUUCCACCCCCAGCCUUGGCCUCCAGGGCUCCCCAGAGACCCUCCCCAAGGGUUGGGGGCCCAGCACAGCCGCCCUCACAGAUCCAAGUCCCAUCACCCCCACCUGAAUGAGGGGGUAUGGUUUGGGGACAGGGGCUGCCCACAGAGGGAGGAGCUGGCUGUGCCUGCCGCCUGCUCACAGCAGAUGGUUCCUAUUAAAGUGAAUUGAAACUGCAGACCGCCGCUAUUAACACAAGCAUUUUCAGCCUCA